AUGACUGGGCCACGUGUCCCCUCCCUCUUCAGGCUGGCGAACCCACCAGAGGCCAGGCCCAGGGACCUUCAGCAGAGCCCGGCAGGGGAAGGGAGGAGCAUCACCAACUCUCUCAUCGCCCGGAGGAACCUGUCCUGCCCCGCAGAAAAAGAGACCCCAGAGAGCAUAUCCAAGGCCUUGGCGUCUCUGCUCACCAUCCGCUUGGACAGGGAGAACAUUUGCGCUAUCAGCAACCUGCAGGGUCUGAGAGAGGUCCGCAGUCUCUACCUGCAACAGAACCAAAUUGAGACCAUUGAGAAUCUCAGCUGCCUUCCCAACCUCCGGUUCCUCUCGCUGGCUGGAAACCGCAUCCGUGCAGUGGAGAACCUCCAAGACCUCCAGGACCUGCAGUUCCUGGACCUGUCGCAGAACCGGAUUGAGACACUGGACCCUGAUGAGCUGCCCUGGAGCCUCCGCAUCCUGAACUUUUCAGGAAACAGAUGCACCAGCCAAAAUGGCUACAGAGAGUUGUUGCUCGGGGCCUUGCCCCAUCUCAUGAAGUUGGACACCCAGCUUAUCCCCAGCUGGAGGGACGCUGACCCAGCGGAGGAGGAAGAGGAGGGAGCUUCUGAUGACAGUGACUCUGAGGAAGAUGAUGAUGUCCCUGAGCUGACUGGUCCUUUCUGUGCAGACAAAGAGUUCUUUAUGGGUCUCCACCAGGAGCUGGCUGGCCGCUCCCAGAGGAGGCGGCAGGAGGCGCUGAGCGAACACCAGGCCCGGCUGGAGGAGCUCACAGAGCGCCAGAGACUGAUGCAGCUGCCAGGACAUCUGUGCCCAGGAAGCCAGGAGGGCCGCCUGGCACCUAGCCCAGCGGAGGAGGGAGCUGCAGGAGGGAGAUCGCCAGCCCCUGGGCUGCUUGAGCCGCACCCCAAACCCAAGUCAGGAGGCUCUACGAGGUCUGGCACCCCGCACACUGGCGGGCAGAGCAAGCACGGGAGCAGGGCCCGCCUCAAGCCCCUGAAAGGGGAAGCUUCCACCACGGUUAAAACUGCAGCCAGAGCAACAAAGAAAUGACUGAUGCCCAGCCAGCCCCCGCUGCAAAGGCGCACGGGGGACUGACUGCGCCGGCCCCGACAAAACAGCACAGUGGCAUUUGCGAUUGAAACGUAAAACCUCUUUAUUCCGCCUCAGUCUGUCUGCCUGUGGGCUUCUGUCCUGCGCUCCCUGGCGGGGGUGGGGUUAGCCCUGCACGGCAUCCCAGCUCUGUACGGGCCAGGUAGGUGGGGAUCAUCCCCCUGCUACGGAAGGGGAAAGUGACCCGAACGAGGUCCCUAGGUGAGUCUGAGAGAACCCAGCUGUCCUGUGCUCUAACCAUUAGGCAGUGUUUCCUCUUAGGAAGAAGCAAGGUGGGCCCUGGUAACCCAGCCACCAAAUUCAGCUUCAUCUAGCUAGCUGAGGCUCUCCCCUUCCCAGUCCCACGGAGUCUGGCUCAGGACAGCUGGCCUGUUCAAGCUACUGAAGCUCCGGACUCUUCAUGGGAGUGACAACUCAUGCAAAUUGAAAGGAGUGGCAGGCGCCCAUUCCAGGGGAGGGCUGUCCACAGCUACAGGCUGGGAAAUGCCAGGCGGAGAGUCCAGAAAGGGCACCAUGCCAGAGCAAUAAUCCCGGUGGUGCAAAGCCACUUCCAGUCCAGUUAACGCAGCCGGAGAGAAUGGCAGCGAUCAGAUGUGAGGUUAAGAAUCAGGAUUGGAGCAGACGGGGCAGCAGCAGCAGGAAUUAAGGUUCUCCUGUUCCUUUGAAAUGCUCCAUGCUGAAAGGAAAGCAGGGGAGGGAAGCAAGCAACCUCCAGACAGGGUAGGCCAGGCAAGGCUCUGAAACAAACCAAGAGGAAGGGUGUCCUUUCACCAACAGCCGGGGGUGGCCACAAGGUGGACCAUGGCUCAGCCACACCUAUUCUCCUUUUUAUGAUGGUGGAGCAUAAGACGACCCCAAGUCCCAGAAUGCAAUGCUCUGCCUUGCUUUGAGCAACCCAGUUCUGUUGCAUGGUGGACCCUGUAGUCUCUACUGGCCAUAUAUCUCUGUUAAGGAUGAAGGAGCUUCAGGUUCCCAAGAGGAGGCCAUCGAGAUCCCAGUGACUGAUCAAUGUAACCCCUCUGUGACGUGCUUCCCCGAUCCCAUAAAUAAAUGGAGCUGUUCCAGGCUGACACUCUCCCAGCCCAUGGCACACAGACCCUGCCCUUAGGGACAGGUAUUAGACCACAACGUUGUGCCUUUCACGUGGAUACUGGGCCAUGGGGCAAUGCCACACUGUUUCCCAUGAGCCUUUGCUCCAUUUCAGUCCAGGCCACAGCCCAGAGCGGCUCUGUCUAGGACAGGGAUGUUAAUGAGCACAGAGGCAAGGGGGGAGCCAGUGCAGACAAUACCCCAAAAUGGACCUGCAGUCAGGGUCCCCCCACUAGAGCCCAGAGGGGUGCAGCCCACAAACUAUGAACUCUGCAGCAUCUUUCUCCUUCCCCUACCCACCCACCCUGAAACCCACCUGCCUCGGGCUUAUUUGUAGAACUUGAUUUCCGUGUCCACACAGUCAAACAAGAGGUCAGCCAGCUCCUCCGGGUCAAGAGUGAUCCCGCCGGCCAGGAUUUCCUUCAUGGCCUCCAGGCCCUGCCUCUCCAGAUCCUGCAUGGUUUGCUGGAGCUUCUGGCCUUGCUCCUGGUGGACAGGGUCAGUGGAGAAGAGAGAGGUGUAAGAGACACAUACAGCCUAAGCCACUGCUCAUGGGGAUGGUGUAGAUCCUGAGUGAGACCAGAGUCUAAUUCCAUCCACUCCACCGCCCAGAAACACCCCGCUGAUCUCAGACAGCCCAACCCCAGUCCUCCCACUGUACUGCUGGGAGCUCUGCAGCCCAACUGGCUCCCAAGAGAGAACCCUAGAGCCCCCGGGAAAGCUCCCAGGGCUGGGGUGAUGGGCAGUUAGCGCCAGGCGAGGCCAUCAGGAGCCUCGCUCAGCAUUUGAGAGGGAAGCAGAACCCCAGGGUACGAGCCCAGGGCACUCAGUUACCUGGCUAGUCUCCAUGAGACCCAGUGCUGCCUGAUGUGCCUGGUAGAGCUCAUGUCUCCGAUCAACUCUGCUCUGGAAUCGAGGGACCUUCUGGACGGGGUCCUUGUCACCAAAGCUCGGAGACAUUGCCUUUAGGACUGGUGUCACGUUGGCGACGAAGAUGAAGGGCUUGAAUACGGACCUGCCCGGGCAGGAGACGGGAGCAGAGAGUGUUAGGGGUGUCUCUGCAGCCCCACAACAUCCUUGCUGAGACGUUCCCCGGCAAAGUGGGUUUCGGCCAGAGGUUGCCAGGGAUCUGCCUCCUGAGCAGCUCAUGCCCGCAGGGGAAGCGAACAGCAGGACGGUAGCACUGCCAGGGUUGAGCCAAAAGUCUGCUCUGCAGCUGAGCUGGGGGCACCCCGGGGCAAUGGGGCCGGAUGCUAUUAGGGUAGCGUAGAUGACUCGGCUGGGACGCUGUCGGGUUCCCCAUUUAAGUCUCGAUCCCUGAGCUCCCAGUGACUUCCCAUGCGCUGAGCACUCUCAGGGUGGAGCCCUGGCUUCUCACUGAAACAAUCCCAGGUCAGUCUCCGCCCGGGAUCCCCCUCAGACAUCUGCAACGGGCACUCAGCAGAUGGUUUCGUUGCUGCCGGGCAAAGGGCUAAACAGGACGGAAAGGGCUCCUGGUUCAAAGGCUCUCAUGACGUUAAUGUGCAAACAGAGGGCCCAAUCCUGCCCCAGGCCAAGCAUCCUCGGGGAAGUUGCUGGUGGUUGAGGACCCUCAGCACCUUAGACACAACGGGUCUGUUUAAUUUUCACACACUGUCUUCUCCCAGCCUCCUCCGACAGCCCGGAGCCAGGGCCCCUUGGGCAGCACUGGUACUAACCUGGAGGGGUCGGGCGUGGCUGUGAAGAAAUGCACGCAGGGCAAGGCGGGGUCCUGGGGGAGGAUGGACACCAUGCUCCCCGUGGUGCGGAAGCCCUCCGAGUCCACGCAGAUCCCACUGGCCUUGUCCCGCAGGAUGUCCAUGAUGGUCUCCACCGUGAUGCGGCCUAGCAACACCAGGGGGGAAGAGAUAGAAGAUCAAUGGGCAAGUAACCACUGGGUGGGGGACUGGUUCAUGCUUCCCAUCGACCAGCAGCAGGUCAGGUCACCAUAUUUGUGGCCAAUGAGAUGAGACCAAGUGGUUGCUGGAUGACCCAGAGUCUGGAUGACCCAGGACCCUGCCUCUCCUGAUUGUUAGGUGCUUCCGCUGCCAACCAACUGCUCCCAUCCCAUUGGCCAGGGAGACACUGAGCACCAGGAGACUGGCUUCGAUCCUUCCCGUGGAUGGUACCGGGAUGAGGCACCACGUUGGCACAGCCCCACCCGCCGCACCCACCUGCAUGCCGCUGCAGCAGCUCCUUGCCAGCGCAGAACCGGGCCUUGGCCGCCUCCAUCCGCACGGGCUGGUGGGUCAGAGAGAAGACCUUGCUGAAGCUGAACUCCCCGUCCCCGCUCCACCAGCCCUGGCUCUGGGCGUGGCGCCUCAGCCCCGCGUGCUCGGCGGUGAUAUCCGUGCCGAUGCUCAGCUGGUUGGAGAUAUUCCGGGUCCCUUCUGCAACAAGAUGUGGCUUUGGUGAAGAGGGACUGUACUGGCGGGAUAGUAGCCAUGAGGGCUCCCAGCCCGGGGCCCUUCCCAAGACCUGAUACCUCUAUCCACCCAUCAGCACAGGCAGGAGUAGGGCAAGCGUCCAGGAAACCGCCCGACCCAGAGAGACACCUCUUGGGGCGUGAGAAUAAAACAAGAGUCACGUCGCCGCCGUGGCCCGCUCAAUCCUUGGCCUUUUUGCUGGCAUCACAAACAAGGGGGCUGGGGGUGGCUGUGAGGCGAACUGGGUUGAGACCCACCAAACUCAUCGCACAGGCCGCCAAAGCAGCAGCAGAUGGGAACAAAGUUUGGUAACCAGCAGCCUCAGCCGGACUAGGACUGGUCGGCAAGAGGUGAAAGGCCCCACAUUUAUCUGAGCUGUCCAGGCCUCUACACCCCAGAUCGUCUCCCAGUGGAACUUUUCUUCCAUCCAUCCCUGUGCAGACGCUAUCCCUGCUGAGGCUGGACCAGCAGCUCCCGCACAGCACCUCCUGCUGGGAUAAGCUGGGACUGCAGGAACAGAGCUCCCUGACGCCCCACUUCCAGUAUAUUCAGGACUUCUGCCUCCCCGGGUAUUCACACUGCUCACCUCGGAUCCUCUGGGCUGCCCAGUACCGGCCGGCUGUCUCCAGCACCCAGGCUUCGCUCCGGUCCGCCAGCAGGAAGGUGUU